AUGGAGGCUUUACCGCCUGUCAAGUCAGAAGAGCCCCCUCGGGUCACCGCAUCAUCUCUGGCGGCAGGGAAUGUCAUGACGAGGAAGAAGAAUUUUACCAUUAUCCUCGUUGGCGAGACCGGAACUGGCAAGACAAGUUUCCUAUCUCUCCUUGUCAACGUACUAGCAGGCAAAUCACCAAGCAAAUACAACCUGGAACCAUAUGAUGUCACCAAUGAGUACGGUGGAGGGCAAAAUCACAGCCAAACGAAGACCGCCAAGGUCUAUGAAUUCACGAGCUUGAAUAAUAAGGACAAAGAACACAAAGAGAGCAUCACCACCGCUAUUCGGGAAAAUAUUCCGGAGUUGACGGCGGUGAUCAUUCUAGCCAAUGGCACCAGCCCACGCCUUGGUGUUGCCACUGACUAUGCCAUCACUACACUUUGUUCCAUCUUCCCUUGGACUCUUGCCGAAAACAUCGGAAUUUUGUUCACUAACAUCUCCAACCAUCGCUUCUUGAACUUUGAGGUUAACACACUGCCCCUUCAGUUGCGAGGCGCCAAACGUUUUUUAAUGGAUAACCCGCUCGCGAGGCGGAAGAGUUACUUGAAAAAUGCAAAGGCUGAGGCGGAGGGCGAUACCGACGAGGACGAUGAGGACAUUGCAGAGGCCGAAGUCAGCGCAGGCCAUCAAACGACGUUGAAGAUGUUGGUUAAGAUUUUUAAUUGGAUUGAUGGUCUUCAGCCGCAAGCAACAAACGACAUAACGUCGCUCUACGAUGCAUCAAUAGAGAUCGAGUACAAAAUUACCAACACGUUGGCCCGCAUGACGCAACUCGCCGAAGCGAAAGAUGUGCUUGAUAAAUUAGUCGAGGAUUCCAAUGGGACCGAGUUAACUGAUUCUGGAGCGGCUAAUUUCAAGAAGGUCAUUCAAAAGGGAACUUGGACUCUCCAGGACACGGAUACGUACAACACUACCUGCCAAUUUUCACUUUGCUACACCAACUGCCAGGAGAAAUGUUCGGGCGGCUUUACCCUCCUUGGACGUUGGAAAUUGAUUAAAUGUCGCAAAUUGGCCUAUUAUGGUGGUACUUGCAUAGAGUGCAGCCACUCGAUGAAGCACCAUCUCCAAGGCAAGAAAGCUUGGUAUGAGAAGUUGGAAAAGAUAAAUUGUAUCGACGAGACGACUACAAUCGCCGAAGUCCUGAAGACCAUCGACACCUGCAAUGAGAAUAUCGAAGAGGCAACUGCGCAAAUCGGCCGUCUCGCUGAGCAGUAUUCCGAGCUUUCGCUUUCUGGAUCCUUCUCUGGUCAAGUCGGGAAGUCGGUGAGGCUCAUUGAGACACACCUGGAAAGCAUUAGAAACAGAUCGGACCCAGAGAGCGCCAAACGGAUAGAAGAGAGCUUGAAUGUGCUCAAGAAGAAGCUCCGCCUGCUUGAGGAUGCGGCGGAAGCGGCGCGUAAGAAGGUGUAUCACCCAACUAGCGCGGAUUAA